UUCAUGCUGGACCCCUGAGCCGUGCACCCCUUGUUGCUUCACUCUCAGACCUCCAAUCAUUGGUCAAUUGACCAAUUGUAUCCAAUCGAAGCCCUGAAAGGAUGGCUGCCAUUCCAUCUCGAAGACUACCCUUCGAGAUCCCCUGUGAUUCGAGUAAUAGCGGCGAUGAUGAUCAUUCUUCGCACAACAGCCUCGAGCUGAACGAUACAUCUUUGGGUGAACUCUCUGUCCUUCAGGUGCAGAAUCGCCAAUCAAGUCCACUAAGUGCGGCUUCUAAUGAGACAAUUGACUCACUCACAACUAGUUUGAGGGAUCUUCGAAUAGACGCGGAAUCUCGUAACAAUUGGAAUGAUAACCCGAAGAAUCAAGGUCGACGUCGCUUAACAAGACCUGCAAUUUCAGCCAACACCUUCGAGGUUCUCGAGACUGUUCCAGAAUACGAUCCAAAGCGCCCAUCAAGUUCUGUUGCUACUACUAUUGAUUCAAACGAAACACAGCGCCAUCUCGAUCUUCCAAUUACAGAAAAACUAUUUCCGGAUCAUCCUCUAGUUGAAAUCGCGCGCAAGGGCAUCCCACCGGUGGAGGAACAAAUCGCGAAACAUCGCGACGGUUAUUUCCAAGGAAUACUUUCUACAAGAGUACGCGUCGAAGCUCCCAACUCGGAACCCAAACCUACACCCAGCCAUAUAGAGGUUCAUUUCGGCUUCAAUCUUUUGCCAAUCCAAGAAGAGACCACCGAGUGCGAGGAUUCGGACGAAACCAUAACGCCUCCGCGCUUUACGAUUCUCAUAUCUCCCCUAGCACCAGGCGAAGAAUUACGAGCAAAGGAGAGCGAAGACUCUAAAAGUAAAGAAAAGAUGGCUCUUGCGGAGCCUAAUCAUAAUCACGUCGCGCCGGCGAAAGAGCCCGAGGCACUACAAGUGGAUGGGCCCCGGCUAACUUCAUCAUUGCCUACCAGUCCAGCCGGAGACAAGGAAAAGCACAUAGAUAUAGUCAAUGCUCGGUCGCCCGUGAUACCUAUUGCUAGAAUCGAGGAUUCUGUGGAAGCGCUUGACGAACUUGAAGAACAGCUAGAGGCAUUUGAUGAGGCAGCUCACAUCAGACGAAUUGUUUCCCCGGAAGACCCGGGCUCGGAAAGAAGGCCUCGAAUGCAAUCAUUAUCCGUGAAGACUGCUGAUACCGCGAGAUCCAUAACACCACAGUCCAAGCGAACUACAUUAGGAAGGAGCGGUUCCGCUUCUGUUAGAAUCAAGUCAACUAGCGAGCCCCGACGUACUGUUCGCAAGGCAGCAUCUAUGAUUUUCCUCGAUUCUCCAAAGAUAAAAAUUGAAGACAAGCCUGCGGCUCAGGCCCCGCCAAAGAAGUCAACCAUAAGGAGUAUAUCGAGUCUAUUGCCACCAAAGCAACCUCCCAAGUCAGCGAAAAAACCUACUAUCCCGACUUUCGAGUUACCUGGGGAUGAAGUAGCUCGGAAGCUAAAAGAGAAACGCGAAGCCCGCGCCUCGACGCAAUUCAAUCCAGAGCAGGCGAUAAAGCCGACUGUAUCGAGCCUUCGACGCGCCAAAUCAGCUAAAGCCCCAACACGGCCCAACUUCGAACUACCAGGGGAAGCUAUUUCUCGUCGCAAGCGCGAGGAACGCGAAGCACAACUAAAAGCACAAGAGGAAGAAGAGCGCAAGAGGCGAGAAUUCAAGGCGAGACCUAUUCGCUCCGGUGCUGCGCCCAGUACAUUCCCUCGCGAAACUGUUGCGAGCCGAGCCCGUCAAAAUAAAGGACCCUUGGUAGAGAACUCCACCCACCAGGUAUCACCUAAUUGGAAUAAGGGUUCACCUUCAAUUAUGGAUCCUACUUCACGCUCUCCCCUUUCAAAAACGAACAACCAAUCACAACAAUCACGAGGCCGAGGACUCCACCCCGAACCAGCGGGUACACAACCAAGUCGUGGCACUUCUUCAAGCUCCACCGUGGGCAGCCUCAACGGACAACGUAGUUCGGUGUCCACAGAAGAUGUGCAACAUCAGAGGCUUCGCGGCCAGGAGAUAUACAAACGAGAUAACUCGUGGACUAGUGAACGAGAACGCGAAAAACGAGAGCGAGAAGCAUUGGCUAAGCUUGCACGAGAAGAGGCUGCUGAACGAUCACGACAGAAAAGCCGCGAGUGGGCAGCAAAACAAGCUAGGAAGAGGAUGACCAUCGCUUCCCUGCGAGAUGUCAUGACUUCGACAUGAAUAUAGUACGGAUCGCCGAAUAUGGGAGUCACUGAGCACAAUGGAGCUCUUAGGAUAAACUAUAGGAAAGGCUGGGGUGUAUUAUUGUGUGUAUCUGCAUACUGCAUCGGGGAGUUUUAAAAGCACAGAGUUCUGGCGUUUGCCGACCUGCUAACGGUCUGGUUGUUGUAUUGUAUUGUAUUGUUUUGUGUUGGGUUCUUGGGGCAUUGUUAUGGUAUAGGUAUAGUCAUUUUGCUGACUUCACGUUGGCCUCACUUGGCCUGUAUUAUUGGUGUUACUGCAUUAAUUGAGUAUCAAAUGCAUAAUUUCUAAUCAGAAUCGUGGACUCGAGUUGUUUGGUUGUUUUGGCUCGACCCCGAGUUGAAAAAUCACCAUGUACAUGUAUUAACCAUGUCGUCCCUAUCAGAGGAGUAAAUGAGUCAGUCCCCGAAGCUAAGUUUCAGAAAUAAAUAGCUGAGAUAAUUCCCCUGUCGAUAUAUCAAGUAGAUCUAGAUGCCGAGGUAUCUAGAAUCGGCGUCAGCGGCGCCGACUUGCCGUAAGCAUCCCCACAAUCAUGAUACUAAUUCGAUAGAAUCCCACUGCAACCUGCAAUUUUAU